AUGGCAGUACAAAAACUGAGUAAUGAUAUUGUUGAAGCUGCAAAAACGUCAACACCUGAAACUUCUAAAGUUAGUAAUUGUGAGAUAACCUACCAUAUGGAAAUUAAAGAUCUAGUUCAACAAAAGUGCAAAGCAAGAAGAACCUGGCAUAGAACGAGUCACCCAACGGAUAAAACCAAAUGGAAACGUAUUAGUAAGUAACUGCGUGAUAAGAUCAAGGAAGUAAAAAAUGAAACAUUUAAAUCGUAUCUGAGUGGCUUAUCUGCAACAGAUAAAACCGAUUACUCAUUUUGGAAAGCCACAAGACACAUGAAAAUACCCCGUGUCCAUGUACCACCUAUUAGUAAAGAAUGUGCAUGCAGUGGACAAGAUAAAGCCGAAACAUAUGCCAGACACCUUACAGAAGUAUUUAAACCUAAUGACAUUACUUCUGAACUUGAUUUAAUACAACGUCAACCACCAGACGAACAUGGAGAAAAAAUAAGAUACUUUUCACCCUUAGAAGUUGCUCAUGAAAUUGAUAUUAAUAUCAACCCAUAA